GAGCAUUUGUUCAUAAUCUGCACCAUCAAAACAAGACUGACGAGUAAAUAACGCCAAAGACUAGCAAAGAACAUAAAGUCUACUCUCUCUAUCUCUCCCUCUCCGAUAAUGCGGAUACCCUAUCAUUUACAAUGACAUUGAGAAGAGCCCUGAAAAGUGGAGCAAAAAGUUUCAUAUCUUCAACAUUAAAGCCUCCCAAAAGGUAGAACUUUUUGUUCUUCAAUCUUCAGUGAUGUGAGAGUAAAGUUGGUGAAAUAGUUACUCUUGGAACUCUGAAUCCAAAGUGCCUUAGUAUAGAGAGGAAGCUAAAGAAAUAUGGGUACCAGAGAAAUCAAGUCGGCUGAAGAUCUGCGUGAGACACCAGCUAGUUUGGAUGGAAUGUCUGACUCUGUUCACAGAAAGAAACUCGGAGUGUAUUUUAUCGAGUCUGAUAAUAGGCGAACGGCUUUUGGGCGUGGUUAUACUGGGGGGACGACGCCCGUUAAUAUCCAUGGGAAGCCCAUUGCAGAUCUCUCAAAGACGGGUGGAUGGGCUGCUGCCUUCUUCAUUUUUGGAAAUGAGAUGGCAGAACGAAUGGCUUAUUUUGGCCUUUCAGUGAACAUGGUAGCCUUUAUGUUCUAUGUUAUGCAUAGACCCUUUUCAAGUUCUUCAAAUGCAGUUAACAAUUUCCUCGGGAUAUCUCAAGCAUCAUCUGUCCUUGGCGGUUUUCUUGCCGACGCCUAUCUUGGUCGAUAUUGGACAAUAGCGAUUUUCACCACAAUCUAUCUUGCGGGUUUGACAGGGAUAACUUUAUGUGCAACGAUGAAAAUUUUUGUGCCAAAUCAAGAUCAAUGCGAUCAGCUGUCCCUCGUUCUGGGUAGUUGCCAGCCAGCAAAACCAUGGCAGAUGCUUUAUCUCUACACGGUCCUUUAUAUAACUGCUUUUGGAGCCGCAGGUAUAAGGCCCUGCGUCUCUUCUUUUGGGGCUGAUCAGUUUGAUGAAAGAAGUAAAGAUUACAAGACUCUCCUGGAUAGAUUUUUCAACUUCUUUUAUCUCUCUGUUACUAUUGGGGCCAUUGUGGCAUUCACUUUGGUAGUCUUCAUUCAGAUAAAGUGUGGGUGGGGAGCUGCCUUCGGUUCAUUGGCUAUAGCUAUGGGCAUAUCCAACAUGUUAUUCUUUGCUGGUACUCCUUUAUACAGGCAUAGGUUGCCAGGAGGCAGCCCCCUAACGCGAGUUGCCCAGGUUCUGGUUGCUGCCUUCAAGAAGCGAAAUAUCCCUUUUACUAGGAGCGAGUUAGUAGGCCUGUACGAGCUCCCUGGAAGGCAUUCUGCUAUAAAGGGUAGUGGGAAGAUACCUCACACUGAUGAUUUCAGAUGCUUGGACAAGGCAGCUCUCCAACUGAAGGAAGACGGAAAUAAUCCAAGUCCCUGGAGGCUUUGCACAGUAACUCAAGUAGAGGAAGUCAAGAUACUCGUUAAACUUAUUCCGAUACCAGCUUGCACAAUAAUGCUCAAUGUUGUCUUAACAGAAUUUUUAACUCUCUCGGUACAGCAGGCAUAUACUUUGAAUACUCACAUUGGUAAACUGAAACUCCCAGUUACAUGCAUGCCUGUAUUUCCUGGCCUCAGCAUUUUUCUUAUACUGUGUCUAUAUUACUCUCUAUUUGUUCCUAUAUCCCGACGAAUCACUGGUCAUCCCCAUGGUGCUUCUCAGCUUCAGAGAGUAGGCAUUGGUCUGUUUAUUUCGAUCUUAUCUGUGGCCUGGGCUGGGGCUUUUGAAAGGUUUCGAAGAGGCUAUGCUACAAGACAUGGGUAUGAAUUUGGUUUCCUAACUCCUAUGCCUGAUCUAAGUGCAUACUGGUUGUUGAUUCAAUACUGCCUGAUCGGUAUAGCUGAAGUAUUUUGCAUAGUUGGCCUACUAGAAUUCCUGUACGAGGAAGCUCCUGAUGCAAUGAAGAGUAUAGGCUCUGCAUACGCUGCUCUAGCUGGUGGCUUGGGUUGUUUUGUUGCCAGUAUAAUAAACAAUAUCAUCAAAUCUGUUACAAGGAACCCCGAGAACAGGCAGCAGUCUUGGCUAUCUCAGAAUAUAAACACUGGGAAAUUCGAUUGCUUUUACUGGCUACUGGCAGUUCUUUGUGUAAUCAAUUUCUGCAUUUUCCUGUAUUCAGCACAUAGGUACAAAUACAGGACAGAGCAGACUUUUGAUGUGAAAGAAACCAAACCAGUUGGGGAAAACUAAAUAAACAUCAAGAAUUUAGGUUGCAUACAUAUGUUCUUUUCCCUUAUUCGAUAACCCUCCACAAUAACAUAUUCUAGUUCGUUGAAAGGGUAAUUUUUUUGCAAGGGAGCAAAUGCUCUAAAAUAUGUGGUAGCAUUGGCUUCUCUUACCUUAGAUCUUCUAAGGUUGGUUGGUUGCAUAGGCUUUUCAGCAUCGCCAGCUGUGCAGGUUGCCUUCUUCAACUACUACUGGCUGAUCGAUAGCUCAUGUUCCCUGCGUGUUUUAAAGACCACCAAAUGUAAGAUCCACAAAUAAUAUAAAUGAAAAUGCCUUA